AUGGCUUCAAAACUGCGGCUGGGACUGGUUGUCGUCCUCUUCGUGCUGCUGCGACCUCGACAGGAAGCUUGGUCGACUGUACGCAGGGCCACACGGGAGGCCUCAGCAUCUCGCGGGCGUGUGGCAAUUGUGACCGGCGCUUCUACCGGCUUGGGCCUCGCCACAGCGCAGUCCUUGGCCACAUCGGGUAACUUUAGUCUGAUCGUCCUCGCCGGUAGGAGCCAGGAGAAGCACGAGAAGGCGCUGGACAGCCUCAGGCAGCUUACGCCUGUAGCCGAGCUGCGUUACAUGCCCUUGGAGCUGGACUCGCUGGCAUCUGUGCGCGGCUUCGUGGUGGAUUUUUUGGCCAUGAAGUUGCCUCUCCACUGCCUCGUGCUGAAUGCUGGUGUUAUGGCUUUGCCGUCAAGGCAGGAGACCCGUGAUGGACAUGAGUACCAACUGGCUGUCAACUACCUGGGCCACUUCCUACUUGCAAACUUGCUGGUCGACCACAUGGCUGCGACAGCUUCACCCAGAGAUCCUGGUCGCAUUAUCAGCCUGUCUUCAUCGGCUCAUCUCAUCCCCUCUGCGCUCCAGAGAGGUGAUUUGAGUGAUCUGCAGUCGGCCGACAAGUACGCUCCAUGGCAGGCAUAUGGCCAAGCAAAGCUGUGCAAUUUGCUCUUCGCUUACGAGCUGGAUCGACGUUGUCGACUUGGUGGCAUCCCCAUUGCCUCAAAUGCCAUCCAUCCAGGAGCUGUGGCCACCGAGCUGAAGCGGCACCUGCCCCAAAACCAGCAAGAGGAAGACCAAGGGCAGAAUCCCCUGGAAGGAGUCUACCAGGCUCUCAAGUCGGUGGUUCAACCUUUGCUGGACCUCAUCGUGCAGAGCCCGGAGGAAGGUGCCCGAACCACGGUGCUGCUGGCCACCUCGGAGCAGGGUAAGCUUUCAGGGUACUACUGGCAGGACGGUCGUCCUUCAGCAUCGUUGGACACCGAGGUGCAGGGGCUUCUGCCCCCACCUCUGCGGGCCCUUCGCAUUCUGUCCAGGCUUCUCAAGGCUGUUGCUCCGCCGGAGAAGGCAGCGACAUCUUAUGACACGGAGACCUGGCGAGAGCUCUGGAGGGAGAGCGAGCGAUUGGUUGGCCUGGAGGCCUCGGAAAAGCCAGCCGUCUUCGCCGGCCUGGCACAGGUCUCACAAAAGCAGAAGCUCCUCCUUGUUGAUGUAAAGCGCAAGGUCUGGAAGCCACGGCGCCUGUUUGCGGACACGCCAAGUGGAAACCUCCGGGAGCUCUCCGAGACAGAUGCCCCGACUGACCAGGUGCUGUGGGUGGAGCCUCCAUGGGCUCCUGGCAGCGUCCUUGCGGGCGGCCUCACCUCGCAUCACCAGAUGGGGCCCAUGGAUCUGGCACAGGCUGAGCCGCGUGACUUGCUGUGCUACACCCCUGCUGCUUUUCCGACGGUAGCCAGCGGCGCGAUGCCCCGAAGCCUCGACGAAAGGUCUUUGAUGCCUGUGCAGAAGCUGCACCUUACAAUGGCGGUUCUAACGCUGCGUUCGGAGCAGGACGUGCAGGCUGCCAAGCUUGGUUUAGCCAAUGCCGCUGCCGAGUUUGCCAAGGAUUACCCUGGGCCACUGCACUUUCGCCUUUGCGGUCUGGACUCAGAUGGUGACACGGUUCUCUUCGCCAAAGUGCGGCCGGAGGACGAGGCCAGCCUGCGCUCCCUGCACAGGCGGAUCCAGGAGCGGAUGCUUGCGGGCGAAGGGGCAGUGGCGAGCACCUCCUCACCCGUCGCCGAGCCUGAGCAGAAUGACCAGGAGCAGAUCACAACCUUGUCCAACGAGAAGCUCAGCCGGAUUGAAGGAAACACAUUCUCAUCUUAUCCACUUUCCAUGCGUGUCCUCCGUCACGAUGCCGUGCGGCUCGGGCUCCCGCUGCGCAGUGAUGGAUCCGUGGGGCUGCAGGAAUUGCUUGCUUUGCCUUUCUUCAAGUCAAACGGCUUUGUGGAGAAAGAUGUGGAGGCGGAAGUUCGCUGCAACAACAAGCAGCGGUUCCAGCUGUGGACAGAAGAUGGUGCUGGACGCAUUCGUGCGAGCCAGGGCCACAAGAUGAAGGAGGUGGUGGACUCGGAGUUGCUGCAGCCCGUCCAGCGUGCGGAAGAUCUUCCCAUCUGUAUCCAUGGCACCUACUUCACGAAGUGGAGCCCGAAGAAGAAAUGUCAGGUGCAAGUCUGGAGCCAAAUCAAGCAGGCCUGGCUUUCGGGGGACAUGGAGCGAAGCUUUUCGAUGCCGAAAGACUGUGCCGUGGCCAUCUACCUGGACGUGCCAAAGGCGCUCGAGCAGGGAAUCAAGCUGUACCGCUCCGCCAACGAUGUGAUUCUUACCCGUGGGGAUGAGUCUGGUAGAAUACCUCCGGCUUUAUUCCAACGUGUGGUGGAGAUCAAGAGUGGCCGGUGCCUUUGGCCAGUUGAAGAGCCCUGCGCCGACACGACCGACAGCGAGACGGCCGAAGAGGUCCGGCGUGGCUCCUCAGCAGCACUUACAGAAACUUCGGUUCGCGCAGGCUCGCUCCUGGUUGAGAUCAGGCCAGACAUGGAUAUGCUUGUAGGAGGGCUGGCAGAUGGCCUAGAGGCUUCAAGCGCUAAACGCACAGUCCGCAUCGUGCAGGAAUUCCGAGACACCGACCUUGGACCAGUGGUUGUGGAUCGUUUGGAGCUCUGUCGGAUGAAGGCUGAUGGAGGAGGUGCCAAAUCCCCAUCGGCUCGCUCGAACAUAUUUUCCAAGAACGGCCGAAGCGCGGCCGAGAAAAAGGUCAUUGAUGCUGCCGUGCACUUCUCCGGAGAGUUCGCGACAGCCUCGGUGCAACGGGGCAAUCUGAGGAGGGGUGGGGUGCUACUGCUAAUCUUUUGGGAACCGUACGAGCCCGAGUCAUCGAGCUUGUUUGGCCUGAUCCGAGAGAGGGACUGCUGCGAAGAUGCACCGAAGAACAAGCAACGCACAUCGUCAGCCUUUCGCUGGAAGACAUCUGAGGAGGAGGCAAAAAGCCAGUCUCAAGCCAAGUACAGGAGACCGGGCCAGGCUGCAUUCACAGUGGUGGCGGUCAGCGGCAAAAUUCUGUUCGCUGGCUCUUUGCCGGGAUGCUUUACCGUGAGGGAGCUCAAAGCAAAGUUGGGACAAGUGGAGGAGCAGCGGCUGCUUCACGGGACGCGGUCUCUGGAUGAUGCCGAGCUACUGCAAGCUUUGGCAUCCGAUGAGGCUCUUCGUCUGGUUUGUGUUCGAACUCUUCGGCGUCUAGCUGUCAGCGGCGGAAGCGACCGAGGGCUCUGCCUUUGGGAUUUGGACCGUGGUCAGGCUGAUUGCGACUUGGUGGGGCACACGUCCGCUAUCCUGUGCAUAUCGGUGCAUUGGCCUUCGCAAAGGGCACUCACUGGCAGCAGGGACCGCUCUGUACAGCUGUGGCGAUUGUCUGGCGAGUGCUUGCUAGAGAUGCGGGGGCAUCUGGAUGCGGUCCAGUGCCUGUCGGCAGACUGGGAGACAAAUGUUGCUUUGUCGGCGAGCCUGGAUCAAACGCUCGUGUUUUGGGAUCUGGACACUGGCGAGAUCUUGCAAGAAUUGAUGGACCAUGCAAGCCCUGCUGUCAGCCUUGAUGUGGAUUGGGUCGGCCGACAGGCUCUGGCCGGUGCCAUGGACGGCUCCUUGCAGCUUUGGGACCUGCGAAGCACAGCUGCUGAACGCCGGAACAGCCACCAAGCAGAACUGCGCUUCCUGCGGGCAAGCUGGAACGACCUUCAAGCCGUGAGUGGAGAUCCCUCCGGCCGUGUCGUCUUGUGGGAUCUCGCUCCGCUUGAAGCUCUGCGGCUUUGUUCUCCCGAUGGCCCAGCCAUCACUUGCAUGUCGGUGAACCCUGACAUGCGGGAGGUCGCAGCUGGGGGUAUUGAUGGGACCCUGUACUUCUGGAGCUGCGGGGAGGUUCGGAAGCGCAAAGCGAUCCAAGCACAUAGCUCUGCCGUUUUCGUGCUGGAAGUCGACUGGGCUGGGCGGAGUGCCUUGACAUCCGGUGACGAUGGCAGGCUGUGUUUUUGGAAUUUGAUUCUGGGGAGCUGCCUUCGUGUCCUCUCUGGGCAUUUAGACGCAGUGAGCUGCCUUGUAGUGAACUGGCCUUCGGCCGUGGCCAUUAGCGCUGCUGCAGAUUGCACCCUGCGACUUUGGGAUGUCGGGAGAGGCCUCUGUCUGCGCUGCCUCCCAAACCACAGAAUUACGGCUCUGGAGGUGGAUUGGGAACAGCAGCGAGUCCUUGCUGUAGGGGCAGACCCGGUGGUUCGACUUCGCGACGUCUUCCGCCGCGGCGUUUGCGUCAAGGAAUUGCCAGAGUAUGACCGGACCGUCUUCUGCGUGGCAGUUGAUUGGGCUGCCAUGCACGCGUUGACCGGUGGUGAUGAGUGUCAACUGAUCCUAUGGGAUCUUUGUUCAUCAGAGGUGCUGCGAAGAUUUCAAGGACAUCGUGAUGCAGUUUGCUGUGUCGAAGCAGAUUGGAAUGGCCGACGCUGCCUCAGCGGAAGUUGCGAUAACAGCCUGCUGCUUUGGAAUCUGGAUACUGCAGAGGUGCUAUUACGAUUGGCAGGUCAUGAUGGCGGUGCACGCUGCAUCGGCGUGGCAUGGUCAGCACGGCAGGCGCUGACUGGUGGUGACGACUGUGCUCUGCGGUUGUGGGAUUUGUCAACAGCUGCCAAUGUUGCAGUGCUCGAAGGUCACACUGCUGCUGUUUGCGGCGUGGACCUGAUGUGGCAGACACAGCAAGCUGCCAGUGCCUGCAAGGAUGCCACAGUGCGGAUAUGGUGCUUGAACCAGCGCUGCUGCACACAGGUGCUGCCACACGACGUGACUGUCAGGUGUUUGGAAGUGGAUUGGUCUUCCAGCCAACUUCUCAGUGGCAGUUCUGAUGGGCUGGUGCGCCUGUGGCAUUGGAGCUCAGAGGACGUGCAAGAGUUCGAAGGUCACACAGGAGGCGUGACGUGUUUGAGUGUCGACUGGUCGUCCGGCCUGGCAAUUUCCGGAAGUGCGGACAACUCUUUGCGAAUUUGGGAUUUGAAGGCGGAGGACGAUGCUUCAGACUCCACCUUGUUCCAAGUUGGCGAGGUGCUUUGCGUUACGAUGGGCUGCGGGCCUGGGUUUCUCCAAGGCGGCGUGAAGACCUGCUCGUCUGGCACAUGA